CGGCCGCCGAGCAAACGUCAGUUGUGGCCCGGUCGUCGCCGCCGCCGCUGUCGCAAGCGUACUGCACGCGCGUUCAUUCAUAUUAUUCACGAAACAGUACACAUAUCAAAUUUCACGCGAAAAUUUGAUAUAGUCGUCGUUUUUGUGCUUUGGUGUGUUUAAAAAAGUUUACGAGUUGAAUCGACAAAAAAUGUAGAUAGCUCGUAGGUUGCAUCUAUUAAAGUAAGAUGUCCAUUGACCAGGCGUCGCCACUGGUGCCGAUCAAGCCGCAAACGCAGAACGGGCCGUUCAUUAAGAACAGUCAUAACAGAAGCAGUUUUUGUGGGGUGACUACGAACGGCAAUGAAACGUUCAAAACUUUCGCCGUCAAUCGCAAGAGUUGGAGUGGACACGUGACUUUGCCACUUCAAGAGUUCACGCCGGAGGAGCAAACUCCGCAACUCGCAACAUUUCGCUCCGGGACCGGAACGUUUCCGAGAAAGAGGGGACGGAACAUUAACACUACAAACGGGAUAUUAUCACCCAACGCCAACUCGGUGCUGCAGGCGUUCAGAGGAAAUGAAGUGAGAAGGAGCGGCAGUACCAACGGACGACGUUACGCCGAAAUCGGAAACUGGAGCAAAAGUGUCUGAGCGGUGAACAUCACUUAUAAGGUGGCACAGCUGGUCGCACGUCGUUGUUUGUUAUUAAAAAUAUUUUAAGUGCAAUUUUAUAGUCAGAGAGUUCAUAUAAUAUAAUAAUUUUAGUAAUACAAAGCCUAUAUUCUGCUCCUAAUAAACUGUUCACAUGUGAAAAGAUUGUUUAUUUGUAUCCUAAUACUCUUCAGUCACCACCCUUUCUCUUUAAUACUUUUCUUUCAAUGAA